AUGGCGAAUGAAAAGAAGUCGCGUCGUGUCACCUUUCUCGGCCAGCCCUACCAUGACUACGGGUUCCCUCCUGAGGCCUUCGACCACCGUCGCCUGCCCGACGCCGACGUCGACUUCCUGAGCCCCGAGGACAUCGAGGCCUUCAAGUCGGCUCUGAGCGCCCCCGAUCCCCUCACCGCCUCGGCCGACGACGGCUCGCUGCUGAAGAGUCCCACGCUGCGCAGCAACAGCGGCGCCAACCUGGAACAGCCGCCGAGCCCGCUUCUGGGGAGCAGCCCAUCUGCCAACAGUAACAGCAGUUUGCGACAUCGGCACGGAAGCCAGGCGGGGCUGCUCAUCUCUGCCCAGAAUGACUGGGCUCCUGUCAACGAGAGGAUAUCCAAGCCGGGGAAGCGGCGCAGGAAGAGGGGGACCGUGGGCCGCAGCGUCGACGAAGCGCGGGAGGGCUACCUGUACGCCCUGCUGCGGUGGCCCUUCCUGUUCGGCACCCUGCUGUGGAUCAUCGGGCUCGGCGUCGCCUACAUGACGACCCGGCUGUACGUCUGGGGCUACGAGUACUUUGUCGCCUGGCGCGGCCAGCGGGAGCAGCUGCGGCGCAAGAUGCGCGCCACCAGCAACUACAGGGACUGGUCCAACGCCGCCAAGGACCUCGACGCCUACCUGGGCAACCACCGCUGGAGGGAGGAGAACGAGUACGCCUACUACGACUCCAAGACGGUCCGCCGCGUCUGGGAGCAGAUCAGGAAGCUCAGGCAGGAGGCCGAGGCCCUCGAGACCCAGAAGACGGGCCCGCUGGGCGUCUCGAACGGCGCCAAGAACACGGCUGCGGGGGAGAAGCCGCCGAUAGAGGAGCUGAAGGCCCUUAUUGAGGCCUGCGUCAAGAGCAACUUUGUCGGCGUCGAAAACGCAAGGCUAUACAGCGAGACUUAUUAUGGCACCAAGAACCUGGUGCAGAACUUUGUUGAUGAAGUUGAGAAGAGUACUCGUCUGCUUGUGAACACUACCCAGCUACCGCUCGAACAGAAGCAGACGCUAUUCAAGCAUUUACACGCAAACUACGGUCGCACCGCUUUAUGUUUAUCCGGUGGCGCCACUUUUGCAUACUAUCAUUUUGGAGUCGUGAAGGCUCUGCUCGAGGCAGAUCUCAUCCCAGACGUCAUCACAGGGACGAGUGGUGGUGCCUUGGUGGCCGCUCUCGUUGCCACACGAACAAACGAGGAGCUGAAGCAGUUGCUUGUCCCGGCUCUUGCAUACAAGAUCACCGCUUGCUCGGAACCUAUCACCAAGUGGGUCGCGAGAUGGUGGAAGACGGGGGCCCGAUUCGACUCAGUCGACUGGGCCCGUCAAUGCAGUUGGUGGGCUCACGGGUCGAUGACCUUCCGAGAGGCGUAUGAGCGGACUGGUCGUAUUCUCAAUGUCUCAUGCGUCCCAGCUGAUCCUCACUCGCCGACCAUUCUCUGCAACUACCUGACCAGCCCCGACUGUGUCAUUUGGUCAGCUGUUCUGGCCUCGGCUGCGGUUCCUGGCAUUCUGAAUCCUGUGGUGCUCAUGAUGAAGUCAAAGGACGGCACUCUGAGCCCAUACUCAUUUGGUCACAAGUGGAAAGACGGCAGUCUGCGGACUGAUAUACCCAUCAAGGCCUUGAACCUCCACUUCAACGUCAACUUCACCAUCGUCAGUCAGGUUAACCCGCACAUUUCCCUGUUCUUCUUCUCGUCGCGAGGCACUGUUGGCUCGCCCGUCACCCAUCGCAAAGGACGUGGUUGGCGUGGCGGGUACCUCGGUUCCGCAACAGAACAAUACAUCAAGCUAGACCUCACGAAAUGGCUCAAGGUGCUCAAGCAUCUCGAGCUCCUACCGCGCCCCCUAGGCCAGGACUGGUCACAACUCUGGCUGCAGCAAUUCAGCGGCACCAUCACCAUCUGGCCCAAAUCGAAGCCCAGCGAUGUCCUGCGCAUCCUCUCGGAUCCCGAUCCAGACCCCCUGGCACGCAUGAUCCACGAGGGACAGCAGAGCGCCUUCCCCAAGCUCAAGUUCAUCGCCAACCGGCUCAAGGUCGAGCGCAUGAUCGAGCGCGGGCGCAGGGAGACGCGCGGCCUCAGGCGGGGCAGCCUCGAGAGCAUCAUCGACGAGGACGACCUGCAGAGCCUGCUGCUGAGGAACGCGGCCGGCACCGACGGCGACACCACCGACGACCUCGACGAGGAGGUCAUCGAGGAUGGCGACUUUGAGGGCGCCGUCGAGGACUUGAAGGAGGACUGA